CUGGAACUGAAAAAUGGGAGAAUCUACAGCUUCCUUGAGGGAUGGUGUCUUAUCCCAUCUGGAAAGCCUGGAGGCUUCUAGCCACCAACUGGCCCUGAAACAAGGGGAAGGGGAGCAGCAUCAGGAAAAAGUGGCCAGGCUGAAAGCAAGGAUCCAGGAGCUGAGGCGCCAGAGAGACAGAAUGAAGGCCAAGCUGAGCAUGAGUCACCCUGGGCUCACCGAGGGCAGAGAUUCCACUCAAAGAGCUAAGACUCCCCAGGCUGAAGGCGCCAGCACACAGGCUGCCCUGGAAUGGAAGGUGAACAACAUCAAGAAUCUGCUGCAGAUGUUUCGUCUGACAGGCAUCAGUGGGAAACUGACCAGGGAAGGCGCCUGUCUGUGCAUUAGCACUGCUUUUGAAGGCACUUACCUGGACUCCUAUUACCUGCACCUGCACAUUCGGCAGCCUGUCCAGAUCCAGCGCCACACGGUCCCGGCCUUCAUCCCCCUGAAACAAAUAGCUGAUGAAUAUUUGCAGACGGACAUCAGACGCUUCUUCUCCGUGCUUUCUGGUCACCUGAAUGCUUACGUGGGGAGGAAGUUCCAGGCAGAGCAGUUACAGGAGCAUUUUGCUGCUUUCCUCGCAGGGCCCUUGCAGGGGAAUUCUCUGUACAAUCUCCUGGAGUUUAGCUAUGGUGUGGAACCAGAAGGCAAGAUUUUUCCCUUCUCAGCCAAGCUAGCAUACAGAGACCCCAUGUGCAUCCUCCCAACAGAAGCCAGUGUGGCAUGUAAAGAAGAUGCUGCAGCUUCAGAGGUAGAGAUGGCAGCCAGUCAUCAAUCUUUAUUCCACGAGAAGCCUCUUCAGGAGGUCUUCAGAUCCUUCACAGACUUAACAGAAAACCUGAGUCAGGCAGUUCUGCUGGAGCUGCCUGCUUCCUCAAAAGGCGUGCCUUCAGACCCCGGCAAGGCUAGUGCUGUGUGAGUCUUUUACGUGGAGAGAACCAAGAUCUCAGGUGGUGGCUCCUUCCUGCCCAGAAGGCCUUUCUGCUGUGUGUGUUGCUGGAGGGCUUGUCUUUUCUUUGGCUGCUGCCAUCACUGGGAGGCUCGGUGAUCUAUUUCCCUCACGAACAAGCAUGCACUUUCAAGGAUGCACAAUGAAUACGUGGUCAAAAGAAAACUAGGAGUAAUCAGACGGGGGCGGAGGGCUCAAGCAGUCUCUCUGUCCAAAUAAGGGUGGGGGAGGUCUAGCAGCCAGGUCCCACAGGUAGCCGCUGUUGGUUCCUGCAGGAGCUCCAUUUGUGCCUGAGCUCUUCCUGUAACACAUUCCGUCUCUUGCUUGCUGAAAUUCCCACAUGAGAACCAAAAUGUCUUCUGCAGGCAUCAGGGGAGUGUUAGUAGUUUCAGCAGGGCUGCUGAGGCUCCCCCCACCCCCCAGUGGUAUGUGCUCACAACUGUAUGGUUAGGGAUGGUAUUCUGGUAUUCGGGCUGGGUGAAGGCUUGCCCCCGAGUGGGUCACUGAGAUGCCGUCUGAAGUACACCUACUCAGUUAGCUGCCUUUACGUUGGAGAAAUUUUAUUAUGAAACAUUCAUUGUCAGUGUUUUAAUCAAAUAUUUCAGUUCAUAAAAUCAUAAUGAUGUAUUCAAGAACAAACUGUUCCCAUUGGGGUAGGAAGACUAAAAUGGAAAGAAGGCCAUAGCUUUAUGCUAUAGAUUUUUGCAGCGCUCCUAUCCACACUGUCGCAUUUAUUGCCGUAUUUUAUUUAAAAUUAAUAAACAGUAAUCA